AUCCAAAGCGACUUACAGUGCAUUGAGGCUAACAUUUUUUACCUAACAUGUGUUCCCUGGGAAUCGAACCCACAACCUUCUGCUGCUAACGCAAUGCUCUACCUCUUAAGAAGGGUACCUAUUCUCCAAAAAUGCACAUUUAGUUUCCAGAAAAAAGCACAGAUAUUGAACGUGAAUAAAUGAUUAGAGGCUGAAAGUCAGUUGUAGUAUAUGUUUCUCACCUCUAGGAGGAACCACGCUUUCAUUUAUGAGGUGAGCCAUCAUUACAGAUGAAUUAUAUAUUGUAAUAGAGCAUGGGUAUCGUAGCCUUUUAAAAUCUCUUCUCUUCAGGUUUUUAUUAUUAUUAUUAUUAUUUUACACUGCAGAUUCAAAGUAAAAUAUAUAUUUCAUGUGAAUUCCUCUUGCUGUUUAAUACUUUGUCUGAGCUAUAUUUUUUGAGUGUGUGACGAAUCUCGUAAUUUUAGCAAAUGCCACGGAAACGUUUUUUCAACUUUAAUUGUAUUUUUAUUUUAUGAGGUUAACAUAUUAUGAACGGUUAACGUAACAAAAAAUUUAAUAAUGUAUCCUAGAUUGUGUGCAUUGCAUGAUUUCAAACAAAAAUAAAACCCCAAUAGAAUGAACUCAACUUAGCGGACCUACGUUCUAUUGUGACAUCAUAAUGGCCCUUACAGUUACUAAGAAUCCUGAUGAAAAGAGCUUCAUUUGGUAUCUGACUGUUGUGAUUGCUGCUUGCUUAUCGCUCAUUCAAGCCAGUUUUGUUGCUGUUGUUGAGAUAAUCUUCGCUUCAGCAUUUCAACAUGUGGUGCAGAGACAGAAAUACUCUCCAGAGUCAAUCUAUACUAUGUCUAGGUGAACAGAUCUUUGGCAGACCUCCCUUUUUGCCUGAGACUGGAAAAAAGAAGCCAGCUUCAGGUGAACGUCCUCCAGGACGUCACGGGCCAAGACCUCAUACCUAUUUAAUGGAUGUGGCAGAGAGAAAUAUCACAGAAUCUUCGUGUGAGUCUGAUCUGAAAGCUAAUGCUCACCCUUCCCUCCCCCGACUGCCUCUUGCAAGUCAGUUAGCAAGGAUGGACAAACAUCCAUCUCUGCAUGAAUGCCCUGUUGCUGUGUCCAUGAACAUGCCUGUUCUAGAACCAGCCCAUUUUCUUGUGAAACCUCUAGUUGGACAGAACAAGUCAGCUGGAGGUUUCUUCCUGCCAGAAGCUGAAGAGAAGACACCAGUUUCAGGUGAAAGACCUCUUGGGCGCCGAGGGUCCAGACCUACUAACCAUUCAAUGUGCAUGGCAAAGAGAAAUGACAUUGAAACUUUAUAUGAGUCUGAUCUGAAAACUACCGAUCACUUCUCCUUACCCUGGCUGCCCAGUUUAGAUAGUCGACCAGUGAGGGAGGACAAACGUAUGUCUCUGCAUGAACACCCCUCUGCUGUGUCCACAAAAAUGACUGUUCUGGAACCAACCUGUGUUCCUGUGAAACCUCUAGUUGGACAGAACAAGUCAGCUGGACAUUUCUUCCUGCCAGAAGCUGAAGAGAAGACAUCAGUUUCAGGUGAAAGACCUCCGGGGCGCCGAGGACCCAGACCUACUAACCAUUCAAUGUGCAUGGCAAAGAGAAACGUCAAUGACCCUUUAUGUGAGUCUGACCGGAAAACAACCGCACACCUCUCCUUACCCCAGCUAACCAGUUUUGCAAGUCGACCAGUGAGGGAGGACAAACAUACGUUUCUGCAUGAACACCCCAUUGCUGUGUCUACAAAAAUGACUGUUCUGGAACCAACCUGUGUUCCUGUGAAACCUCUAGUUGGACAGAACAAGUCAGCUGGAGGUUUCUUCCUGCCAGAAGCUGAAGAGAAGACACCAGUUUCAGGUGAAAGACCUCUUGGGCGUCGAGGGCCCAGACCUACUAACCAUUCAAUGGGCAUGGCAAAGAGAAAUGACAUUGAAACUUCAAAUGAGUCUGAUCCGAAAACUACCCCACACCUCUCCUUACCCCGGCUGCCCAGUUUUGCUAGUCGAACAGUGAGGGUAGACAAACGUACAUCUAAACAUGAACAUCCCGUUACUGUGUCCACCAAAAUGACUGUUCUGGAACCAACCUGUGUUCCUGUGAAGCCAUUUGCUUGCUCACAGAAAAGAUGCAGUGUUGUUGAGGCAAGAAAUAUCACGUCUUUUUAGGAUACAUUUGACGAUGAGGAUGUCAAGAUGAAGAGGGCUACUCACCAAAAUGAUUCCCCUCUUUGGUCAGAGGUUUGAUUUUAUAGAGGUUGAAUUUAUAGAGCAUCCACAUAUGAAGAAGAAAUGAUGAUGAAAAAAAUGAUGUAUAUAAAUAAAAUUUGUUCCUCAAAAAAUGUCUUUGUGCAUCAAGUAAAUGUUCCUUAUUCAUGCAUUCAAAUUAUCCUAUGUGCAGCAAAUAAGCAGUCCUUGGAUAAACUAUAACAAUGUUUCAUCUAAAUAAUAUUCUGUCAAAAGGUAGUAGAUUGAAUAUGACAUGAAUUAUUUUCAAGGUAUGUUUACAUUUAUUCACCCAACUGUGAAGCUAGCGGAGCUUUGAGAAACUAGCGGUCCGGCUAGUGAUGGUGGUGGAGCGACUGGAACCAGUGGAGAUGUAUCCACUCAGUCAAGUAGGCCUAAUCUGCGACCCACAACAACGCAGUCUUCUAUAAUGGGCCAGUUUAUGCAAAAAUCAAUGUCUGUAGCAAAACAAGGCCAAAUCGAUAUUGCAUUGGCUAAAAUUUUUCAAUUCAAUUCAAGUUUAUUUGUAUAGCGCUUUUUACAAUACAAAUCAUUACAAAG